GGAUGUGAAAGCUUUGGCGCAAAAGCUCUUUUUGAGCAAAAAAAUAUACAAACUCGUAUUUUUAAAUGUUUUGUUUAUCAACUCAUCGCUUCAAUUCAAUGUCGUCGUUAGGCCGGAUUAACGAAGCAUUCUGAAUUACCCAGGAAGAAAUCGAACGAAGCUGGAUAGUGAAAAUACAAAACCGGAUGUGAUUUUGGACGUUUUGAAGUCAUACUGACUGUAACUUUUGCGAACAUAUUAUAUUUCGAUAGCUUCGUUCUUUUCAUAUAAUUAGUAAAAUUACAUUUCCACGCCUGCCCAAAGAACUUUUUUUAUUUAAUGGAGGCCAAUUCAAUAAAUAACAAGAUAAAAGGUUAACUUCGUUCGUACCGAAGCUAGAAUAUCCUUCACAAGUACAAAAGUUCCUAUACAAGCACUUGAUUCCGAUCGGAGCAGCUAUAUGCCAUAGUGAUCCGAUAUUGGCUGUUCCGACACAUUAUCAGCUUUUUGGUGAGAGAAGAACGUGUGCAAAAGAUCGAUAUCUUAAAAACUCAGGAACUCGCGUAUAUACAGACAAACGUACAUGGCUAAAUCAACUCAGCUCAUCGCUAAAGAUCUCCGAUGCUUUUGGUCUGUUACAUUUACAUUGAGGAUAUGAAGAUACGUAUUUAUACAUAGCUUACGAAGUUUACCCAAAUAUUGUGUAAAAACCGUUUUAAAAUUCAAGCCACAUAUUUUAAAUGCUUUAGUGUCAUACCUAGUGGCGCACAUCAAUUAACACCAAUUAAAACUAAAUUGAAAAGCAAACGAAUAAAUCUAAAAUGUUCUUCUAAGUUGAAAGUGAAUCACAACCUGGAACGCACACAUCGCAGCAGCAGGGGAUUUCUACUUUUCAUAUUCGAAACAGUUUCAGAGACAUAUGUAUGUAUAUGUGUGCGUUAAGAAAUCGCAUCACAUGUCCCGGUAAUAAGCAGGCAUUCAAUGUACAUACGUAUAAAUAUAUGCCAAAUUUAUAACGCAAACAGGCCACAGUUCUAAUCAGCCAAGUACGCUCACAAAACAGACUUAUCAAUCAAGCAUUAUUAGUGGCACUCACGGUUCUUGUGAUAUGGUCACUUUGCCUAUCGCAUAGUGAUAAUGAUACUCGUACCAUACAUAGCAAGUGUCGAUAGUGGACCAGGUAGGGGGGAGUGCACUUGGUUGCGGAGGCAUGAUGAAUGAUUGUUGUUGCUGUAUUUUUAUUCACCGGCUAUAAUUCAGAGAAUAAUCAAUUGGUGUGUGGUAUUAUUUUUCAACGAAUAGAAUUCUUAUGCGAAUUCGGAGCAUUCCUAACCGAACCAACCACAUUUCAUACCAGAACCAGCAAUCUUUCGGCAAACAUUGGGUGCGACCGCUGCAAUUGGGCAAAUAAUAUUCAGCUCUAUCUUUAUAGCAAGAGGUUUACCAAAUUACAAUGAACAACACACCAAACGGAAAUGUCGAGAAUGAUGUUGGCAAAGUACCUGAGUGGUUGGAAGCAGUCACUUUUGAAAAUGCCGCACGCACCCAUAUUGGAGAAGAUUUUAGCAAAAUUGUCAACGCUCGAUGUGAUAUUGACCCGAGUAGCAACGCCAACUAUUCAUCUUUGCUGAUGCGUCUCCAUCUGGAUGUAGAGCUUACAGAUGGCAGCUUAAAAACUGUUACUUUCGUCCUUAAAGUACCGCAUAGCAACGAAAUGAUGUCAAAAAUAAUAAAUCUGCUAAAACUGUUCCCGAAGGAGGAAAGAACGUACCACAGUAUUAUACCGAAAUUCGAAGCGCUUUACAAGCAAGCGGGCAGUGAUAUUAAAUUUGCUCCGAAGGCGUAUCAAGUCGAUCGCGACAUAGGUGUCGAUUAUGUUUUGCUGGAAGAUCUACGCCCAAGAGGUUAUAAAAAUGCUAAUCGAAUCAAAGGUUUAGACUUGGAGCAUACCAAACAUGUGCUCCAGAAACUGGCUGAAUUCCAUGCUGCAUCUGCGUGCUACGUGGAACACUUUGGAAUGUUUCCCGAGGAAUUCACUGUUGGAAUUUAUUCAAAGAAUAAUACAGAACUACUGAAGCAAUUCAAUUCGUCUAGUGCAUUCUUAGCCCAAUUGAAAAAGUGGAAUAAUGGUCAAGCGUACUAUGAAAAGUUGGCUGACAGCGACAGCUACCUGGUGGAUCGCCUGCUGCAGAAUCAGACUUAUAAUCCAAGUGAAUUCAACGUACUCAACCACGGCGAUUGCUGGGUGAAUAACAUUUUAUUUAAGUAUAGUGCGUUCGGCACAAUUAUGGAUACUCGUUUUAUUGACUUUCAAGUGGGCAAAUACGGCUCGCCAGCUAAUGAUCUGUAUUACUUCAUCCUAUCCUCCACUGCCGCAGACAUCAAAAUAGCACAUUUUGACUACUUGGUUCGUUACUAUUUCGAUAACCUGGUUGAGAAUUUAAAACUUCUUCAAUAUCACAGGCCUUUACCGAAACUUCGUAACCUCCACUCCGUGUUAUUGAAACAUGGUCUAACAGCCUAUUUGGCGGUCGCUAAAAUAUUGCCCGUCGUGAUGUUGGAGAAAAGUGGUGAUGAAACCAACAAAAAUGGAACGCAAAACGAGGAUAAACUUAAAUUUGCCAUGUAUACUAAUCCAAAAUAUGUUGAGUCUGUAUCGAAGCUUUUACCAUGGUUGGAUAAUCGUGGUUUGUUGGACUGGAAGGUCUAGCAACUUUUAAAUUCACCGAGCUUUACAUAGAUGGUAUCAUAUAUCUCUCAUGUACUUGUAUAACCUUCUACGCUGUACAUAUAAAGUGUAUUAAAACAACAAAGAGUGUUAAAAAUAAAUUCACCUUGUCAUUAUGAAAAUUA